GUCUUCAGUAAUAAACAGACGUCGAACGCAGGCGGUUCUCCAAGCGUAAUUUGUAUCUGCUGCGUGUUCUGUGUUCUCAGUGUUGUGUGUUAUAUGUACUGCGUAUCUGUAUCUAUCGCUCCGCAACGGCGACCCCUCUUGAAUCCAUCCAAAACGUAAACCGAAAAACAGCAAACAAUAAGAAAUAAGCAAUAAGAAGAAUAUACGAAAAACACCCACCAAAAUACACACACACAACAGAGAAAGGCAAAAAUAAAGCCGGUUCAGUUCGGUUCAGUUCGCUAAGGCAUGCCAAGGAUGCAGUGCAUUGAACAUUUUGUAUCUUUGGGAUACAAAUUAAGUUGAUUUGUUGCGCUCGCCGUGUGUGCGCUUUUCGGAGUUUAAGUCGCUGUCCUGCCCCGGUCUGAUCUGGUCUGGACUGGCCUGGUCUGGGUAAUUGAACUGCACCCCGUCCACGCAACACAAUCAAAAGAGUAUCUGGCCCCCGUCUUCUGGCUUGCAUUUUGUGUAUCUAGAUACCUUUGUCGGUAACGGUGUCGUUGUCGGUGUCGGUCUCGGUCUCGGCCUCAGUAUCGCAGCGUCGUCGCAGUUUCAGUCGCAGUUGGUGUCGAUAUCGCUGCCAUUACAAUUUGACGACAGCAAAGGCAGCAGCUUGCUUGUCGCUUGUCAAUCUAGGCGCUGAUAAAAAAACGCAACCACAAAACAUAAACCAACAUCAACAAUAACAACAACAACAACAACAACUAGCAGCAAGUGCCGUGAAUCGUCUUGGUAUCUCUUUUUUGCCUUUUGGUCGCCGUGUUCAGUGAUAAAUGCAUUUCAUGCGUUCCAACUAUGUAAAUACCAAUUUAAUUUGAGUGUCUACAGUAAAUACAGCACACAGUGCCCAACUCCCUCCGAGCCGUUCAAAAAGGCAGUCAGCAGUCAUCAUCAGUUGGAAUCGUUGUCGCUGUCGCUGUCGUCGUAGUUGUCGUUGUCGUUGUCGUUGUCGUUGUCGCUGUCUGACUGGGCCGGGCAUCCAAAUAUUGAAUAUUUACACAUGCGUUGAGAGUGGAGUGCAUUUUCGAGUGCCUGCACUUACGAGUAUAGGGAUAUACUCGCAUAUACUCGAGUGCGAUACGGAUACGAAUACGAAUUUGAGUACCUAUAUAAUCAUCACCAUCAUCAUCAUCAUCGUCGUCACUUUGUCCGAGUGCAUGUGUGUGCGAGUGAGUGUGUUAACAUAGUUUGCUAAUUGGCCUAUAAGCCAGAUCUGAGAUACUUCAAGACACUCAACAAGCAUUCCCCGAGAAUCUAUCGCACACAACGCAACACAACACAACAAUCAACGGAUAUGAAUAUGCUGUUGAUGCUCAGCCUGGCGAUUGCUCUAUGCGCUCCCAGCCUGGCCAGCUCAUCACGUUCCAUUCAACCGGGCCAGAGUCAGGCCAUCAUCGAGAACGAUGCCGUUGACUUUAGCUGCGAGGCAAGGGCAAGUGGACCCUCCAGCGAUUUGCAUUACGAGUGGUUGCAUAAUGGUCAGCAAAUUGUGUAUGACAAACGUGUGCAACAAAUCGACGGCAAUUUGCAUAUCGAGUCGGUGCAACGCGACGAUGCCGGCGACUUUGUGUGCAUUGCAACCAGUGUAGCCAGCGGCGCCAGGCAGGAGUCGCCUUCAGCUAAAUUGAGCGUGAUAUAUCUGGACUCGGCAAGCGUGCAACUGCUGGGCAGCAAUCGAAACGAGUUGUUGCUCAAGUGCCACGUAGAAGGGGCCUCUGGCGAUGAGCCGUUGCGCAUUGAAUGGUAUCGGGACAGCGCUAAGCUGAGCACCUGGCAGAAUGUGGAGCUGCAACAGCAUCGAUUGCUGGUGCGACAGCCGAGCAGCGCCGAUGAUGGCUUCUACCGCUGCAUUGCCUCCAAUGCGGCGGCGCGUGUGAUGAGCAAACAGGGCUUUGUGUAUCAGCAUCAGCACGAGAAUCAUACGAGCGGCAUACCCAAGUGCCUGCCCAGGUUGAAGAAGAAUCAAAAGCUGCCAGAGUCGUGGGGCAAGCAAGUGUUCUUGUGUCGCGGCAAACGUGGAGGUCCCGGCGGCAUGGAUCAAUCACUGUCACUGCCACCAUCUCCCGAGGGUCUGCGCAUUGAGCAAGGCCCCAACGCCAAGCUAAUCAUCAAGGAGGGAGACUCGGCUGCCCUCAGUUGUCUCUACGAACUGCCCGCCGAGCUGCAAAAUCAACGCAUUCAGCUGCGUUGGCGGAAGGAUGGCAAAGUGCUGCGACAUGUGGAGCUGGGUAGUGCACUCAUAACCGGUCAGACACUGGACUUCAGCAAGGACGCCCUGCUGCGUGAAGACGGUCGCCUUGUGCUGCACAAGCAGAAUGGCACCCUUAGCUUUAGCAGCAUUAUUGCCAGUGAUGCCGGACAAUAUAUGUGCCAAUUGCAGCUGGAGGGUCAUGUGGCAGUCAACUCAGCACCUGGGACUUUGGAGGUCAUUGAGCAGCUGAAAUUUAUGCCGCAGCCGACGUCGAAAAACCUGGAGCUUGGCAUUCUCGGCAAGCUGCACUGCAAGGCACAGGGCACUCCAACACCACAGGUUCAAUGGCUGAGGGAUGCGGCGAAUGACUCGCUGCCAGAGCACGUGGAUGACAUCAAUGGCACUUUAACCUUUAAGAAUGUGACCGCCGAGCAUCGAGGCAACUACACGUGCAUGGCCAGCAAUAGCCAGGGACAGAUUAACGCCACAGUCUCCAUCAAUGUGGUGGUCACACCAAAGUUUAGCGUCGCACCCGUGGGACCCAUUGAGACAACCGAACAGGCCGUGGCUGUUAUACACUGUCAGGCAAUUGGAGACCCCAAGCCAACGAUACAGUGGGACAAGGACUUGCAAUUCCUUAGCGAGAACAACACGGAUCGUCAGCGUUUCAGCUUCUUGGAAAAUGGCACACUCGAAAUCCGCAAUGUCCAGGCCGAGGAUGAGGGUAAAUACGGCUGCACAAUUGGCAACAGUGCGGGAUUGAAGCGCGAAGAGGUUCGUCUGCUGGUGCGCAGCAAUGGCGAUGGUUUCAUCACCGAGGAAUCAGCUGGGGAUGGUGUUCUAGUGACACGUGCCGUGCUCAUCACCAUGACCGUUGCCUUGGCCUACAUUGUGCUUGUGGUGGGACUGAUGCUCUGGUGUCGCUAUCGUCGCCAGGCGCGCAAGGCUCGCCUCAAUGAGAUGAGCAUUAAGGAGGCCGGCGGUGAUCAGCCGGAAUCGGGAAAGAACACUGAGCAGGAGCCAUGUCUGGCGAAGCAAUCACGCAACGGACACAGCAAAUCUCGAGGCGCCAACGGGGAUGCCCAGAAAUCCGAUGACACCGCCUGCAGCCAACAGUCGAGGGCAUCAAAGAAAUCGGCUCAUAUCUACGAGGAACUGGCUCUGCCUCGCUCCGGUCUCAGCGAGCUCAUACAAAUUGGACGCGGAGAGUUUGGCGACGUCUUUGUUGGCAAGCUGAAGGCUUCGCUGGUGUCGACGCAGUCACAAAGUGACAAGGACACGGAUCCGGAGAAGCAGCACAGCAACAGCGAGAAUGGCAGCGGAGCCAGCGGCAGCGGAAGCACUACAUUGAGUACGCUGAACGAGAAGCGUCGCUCUAAGACCUCAAUGGAUGACAUCGAGGAGAUCAAAGAGGAGGAACCGUCACAGCCAGACCAAACGGAAACCACACCCGAUCAACUGGUGCUGGUCAAGGCACUCAACAAGGUUAAGGAUGAGCAGGCUUGCCAGGAGUUUCGACGACAACUCGACUUGCUACGCGCCAUCUCGCACAAAGGUGUCGUGCGUCUGUUUGGUCUGUGCCGGGAAAAGGAUCCGCACUACAUGGUGCUCGAGUACACAGACUGGGGAGAUCUCAAACAAUUUCUACUGGCAACCGCUGGCAAGGUAAACACUGCCACAGCUGGAUCCUCACCACCGCCACUAACUACAAGUCAAAUGUUGGCUGUGGCUUAUCAAAUAGCCCGUGGCAUGGACGCCAUCUAUCGCGCCCGAUUCACACACAGAGACUUGGCCACUCGCAACUGCGUUAUCUCCAGUGAAUUUAUCGUGAAAGUAGCUUAUCCGGCACUGUGCAAGGAUAAAUAUAGUCGGGAAUAUCACAAGCAUCGCAACACGCUGCUGCCAAUUCGCUGGCUGGCACCAGAGUGCAUCCAAGAGGACGAGUACACCACCAAAAGCGACAUCUUUGCCUUCGGUGUGGUGGUGUGGGAACUAUUCAAUCAAGCCACCAAGCUGCCCCACGAGGACCUAACCAAUGAGCAUGUGGUGCAACGUGCGAUGGCCAACACACUGGAAUGGUCCGUAGCCGAUAGUACACCAGCCAGCCUCAAGGAGAUUUUGCUCACCUGCUGGUUGACCAAUCCCAAAGAACGCCCAUCCUUCAGUCAGUUGGGAGCCGCGCUCAGCAAGGCCAUGCAAAGUGCUGAGAAAUAAUUAGCGACAGCGUUGCCAGAUUGAUGACUGAAUUAGUGUUGGCAAACGUUAUAACUUAACAUUAACAUUUGCUAACUACGCCAAAUAUAAUUUGUAGUAUUUUUCAUAGUAUAUAGAGGAGUACUCGCAAAAUGCCGCAGCAUUUGCUUGAACCAUUUGCGAGAGUCCAAUGUUAUCGCAUCGUACUGAGUUCUAUGUAUUUAAAUGCUAGGCGUGUGUUCAACAUGCGCACUUAAUGCUAAACCUAGGAUAAGAAUACGUAUAAUCACACAACUACAUACAUUCAUAGAAAAUUGUGUAUGCAGUUGAAUUGUAAAAACCGUAAGCUGCAUAAAAUAUGCAGCUAAAAUGUAAAUAAAAACUGCCACAAACAAUUUGCAUUUAAACCAGUUGAAGCAUUUAUAGCCGUAAUCUUUGGGGUAUUUUGAGAAAUAUUUUCAAAUCUCCCAAAACAUGCGAAUAUAUAUUUAAUGAUAAGAUCAAUUUUAUAAUGUAAUCUUACAUACUGAUAAACAAACAAUUUGAAGCAUUUACAUACAUAUAGUAAGUUCAUAAAUAUUUAUAAUUAAAUUAUUUAUAAUUAAAUUAAAUAAAAUACACAACAAUGAAUUACAACGAGUAUUUUAAUUUCCAAAUUCAAUUACCUACUUAAGCCAAAUUUUUAAACAUAAAUACAUACAUACUUACGUAUAACAUAAUUUCUAAAUACAUAAAAAGCAAAUAAAUCGUAACAAAUUUAUAACUAGCCGUUUAAGCUUUGAUGCAUGUUUACAAAACAUUUAAAUGAAAUAAUAAACACGGAAUAAAUAA